AUGCUGUCCAAGCAAGGGUUUUGUAGUAACUGCAACACCACAGCAACGCCUUUGUGGAGAAGGGCCGACGACGGAAGCUAUCUCUGCAAUGCAUGCGGGCUCUACUACAAGAUACACGGAAGAAAAAGGCCUAUCAGCUUCAAGGCAGACUCUGGCAAGUCAAGAAUGAGAUGUAGGCGAGCUGGAGGGGAUAUAAGCGGCGGGCAUCUGCCGUCAAUGGGUGAAUGGUCUCUCCAUGGACACAGAAGCGAAUCCCAAGCCCAGGGCAGCUUAUAUCACAGAGAGAACCAAAUGAACUUAGCCUCCAAGCGCGGGGAUUACCCAGCAAAGUACGAUGACCUCAGAGAAGGCAGAGAAAUGCCUACAAUAGACUCUGACAAAGACACGUUUUACGAGGAUUUUGAGAGGACUGCGUGCGGCAGAGAGGCAUCCCUGGGAAUCAGAGGUAUCAAUAGACACGACACAAAUACAGUCACAAAGUCUUUGAUCAGAAGACAUUUUGACAAGAGGCCAAGCAAAAUUCCGUCAUUCAUAGCUGAGUCUGAAAGCAAGGAGAGGAUGACCUCGAAUGAGGGGGUGGUUGAAAGGGAGUCUCUGGAGCAAUGCAUUCAGGAUAAAGAGGACUGCGAGACAGACCUGGAGGACUCUGAGGUGAUUGCCGUCAAUGCGCUUCUGGACCUAUCCCGUGGAAGGAUUUAG